CAGAUGAGUUUGUUAUAUCCGGGUUGGAGGGGAGUGUCACUCUGAGAUUUCCCAUAGAAACACGCUGGAAAAGCAGAGAGAGGGAGAGAGACUGGACGCGCGUAGCGGAACAUGGCAUCGGUCAGAGGAAAGCGAAAGCGCAUCGCCAUGGAUCCGUGAUCGGGAUAAACACGCACAGCGCGAUGGAUAAGACGCAGCCCGCCGCUAAAGCGAGGUCCGAGAGGAGCAGCACGGGUCGGACGGGCACGGCUCCGCGGGGGAAGAUCGCGCCGCUGCAGCCCGGACACACGCGCAGGAUAGAGGGGGUGCUCAGCAAAUACACCAACCUCAUCCAGGGCUGGCAGAACAGGUAUUUUGUGUUGGACUCUGAGUUGUCUCAGCUGCAGUAUUUUGUAAAUGAACAGGGGCGGAGCCAGAAGCCCAGAGGAUCUCUCCCUCUGAUUGGUGCAUCGGUAACGUCGAGCGAUGAGGCGCCAUUCAUGUUCAUCAUCAGCUCAGCCAAUGGAGAGCUCUUCAAACUCAGAGCGGUGGAUGCCACAGAACAGCAGCUGUGGAUGGCGCAGUUACAGGCCUGUACCAGACGCCAAUCAGACAGCAGUGCCAAGAUGAGGAAACUCAAGGAUUGUGAUGAGCGCCUGUGUGUUGACAGAACCCUGAAUACACUUGAUGCACAGGAUUCAUCAGGUCGUACACAGAGUUCCUCUCAUCUUCCUCAUCUUCCUCCGACAUCCUCUCCUGGAUCUCAGAGACAUCAUCUGCCUCAUCACGCAGCUCCCAGCAACAUCGUUACCAUAACGCACCAUAAGUCGCCUGCAGCUGCCCGCCGUGCCAAAAACCAGUACCCACAGCGCCUCCUGGAGGUCAAAGAGGCUAUGAAUCAGGCCGAAGGUCAUCAGAAGAAUCUCGUUCACUCCAUCGAGUCGUUGCAGACACGAGGACCCCUCUCCUGUCUAGAUCAAGACCUGCUGCUGCUCAAAGCAACGUCUGUCGCCACCCUCAACUGCCUUGGAGAGUGCCUGAGUAUUUUACAGAAGAGUGCCGGUCACAACAGCAACACUCAGACGGGCCACCACCAUGGCACGACCUCUGACAAUGUUCCUGUAUGGACCAUUCCAAACUCGCCCUCAGGAGAGCAUUUGAGGAAUGGCGGUGCUUCUACUCUGCCGUCGCCCACCCUCAGCAAGAAAACCCUGCUGUCGAACACUGAGGACCGUAUGGAGGUGAUGGAUUCAGAGGAUAAUGUUGAGGACGAUCUGGGCAUGUUGGAUGAUCAGAGGAGUGUUAUUCUACAUCUGCUGUCCCAACUCAAACUGGGCAUGGAUCUCACACGGGUGGUGCUUCCUACAUUCAUCUUGGAGAAACGCUCUCUACUGGAGAUGUACGCCAACUUCAUGGCUCAUCCUGACCUGUUCCUGGCCAUCUCCACGGGCAGCACACCUGAGGAGCGAAUGGUGCGUUUCGUCGAAUACUACCUGACCGCCUUCCACGAAGGACGCAAGGGCGCUGUUGCGAAGAAGCCCUACAACCCGGUGCUGGGUGAGACGUUCCACUGCUCGUGGGAGGUCCCACGAGACCAAGUCCGCCCUUUAAGAACUGGCGACCAUUCUGUGGGGUCAGGGGUGCCAGAGACAUGUACGAGGACCAAUCAGGAGGCAGUGGAGGCGGGGUCAGACUGUUAUAGAGUGCGUUUUGUGGCGGAGCAAGUUUCUCAUCAUCCUCCGGUGUCGGGGUUUUACUGCGAGUGUGCGGAGAGAGGCAUGUGUGUCAAUACACACGUGUGGACCAAGAGCAAGUUCAUGGGCAUGUCGGUGGGCGUCUCCAUGGUGGGCGAAGGUGUGUUGUAUCUGCAGGACCACGGCGAGGAGUAUGUAUUUACUUUCCCGAGUGCAUACGCUCGCUCAAUCCUCACCGUCCCGUGGGUAGAGCUGGGGGGAAAGGUCACGAUCAGCUGCGUCAAGACGGGAUACUCUGCCAAUGUCACAUUCCACACCAAACCCUUCUACGGGGGCAAAGUUCACAGGGUGACUGCAGAAGUCAAGCUGAACUCCAGCAGUUUCAUCGUGUGUAAAGCUCAGGGCGAGUGGAACGGGACGCUAGAGUUCACCUACAGCAGCGGAGAGACCAAAGUGAUUGACACCGCCAAACUGCCGGUCAUCAGAAAGCGGAUUCAUCCGGUGGAGAAACAGGGGCGGACUGAAUCAAGGCGUCUUUGGCAGCACGUCACCAGAGCGUUGAAGGACGAUAACGUCGAUCUGGCGACUGAACACAAGCAUGUGUUAGAAGAAGACCAGAGAUCAGAGGAGAGACAGAGAGCCGCUAACAACGUGACCUGGAAACCCUCAUACUUCAGCAAAGAGGGUGACGGUUGGGUGUACAGAAACCCAUUAUGGAAGACACCCCUCUGACCAACGAGGUUGAAAACAAAGACUGGAUCUCACAUUCAGGAGAAUAUGGAUGACCCACAAUAUAGACCGCAGGAAAUCAGACGUGCACACAGACACGUGGCGUAGAACUUUUAUACUCUGUAUAAAUGAUAUAUUAUUUUUCACAACACCUAAUCAAACCUUUGGGGUGAUGCAUAUAUAUGCACAGACUUUAUGUGAUUUGCUAUUUGAUGUUUUGUUAACCGAUUGAUUUAGUUUAUAUUCAAGCUUUUAUACCAGAACCAAAACACUCCCGGGUCACAUUUCAUCCCAAUAUUAAAGUAUUUCAUUUUUGAUUUUGUGCUGAAAUGUGAACUUGGCGUGUUCUUGGUAUUGUGAAGCGUAUCCAGAAACGCGUCUGAUGGUUUGGGUAAUGCAACUGAGAGAUAUUAACAUGUAAAGACUUCUAUUAUAAAUGCAGGUUUUUACCAAAACAACCUAAUUAUGAUGCUGAAUGAUAUUUUCCACUGUGUAUCCUGGAUGCAGAUUAAGACUAAAGAGUUCUCGGGUCUUAAAACUGUGUUCAGUGGUUCUGGAAGUAUUCCCAAUUGUUCCUAAUUCCCAAUAUUGUUAUCAAAGUUAAAACUUAAUUUUUUUAUUAUUUGAAAUAAACUUGCCAUGGCAAUC